CAACUUUUAAAGUGUUGUCAUUAAACAAAAAGGCAAUGGAGGAGUCGAAGAAAUACAAGAGGAUAGGAAUGAAGCAGACGACGAAUAAGAAGAAGAAGAGGAGCAACAACAAUACGGGUCAUGGAUCCGGAUUGCUUCAAAUGAAGGUGAGGAGGCUCCAAAUACUGAUACCGGGAGGGGUAAGAUGCAACCACCCGGAUCUGCUUUUAUUAAAGACUGUUGAUUAUAUUGUGCAUUUGAAGUUGAAGCUAAAGGUCCUUAAAGCACUCUCCGAUAUGUACUCUCUUUGAAGAUCGUAAAAACUCGUAACAUUAUUCUUCUUCUCGAUCGUCCUUGAUCGGUACUAUAUAGCUAUGUUGUCAAAAUUUUAAUAUUCAGUAUAUGAAUUUUAUUAUUUGUAGACCGUCUUUGAUAUAUAUAGUUUUGUCAAUGUUUAUAUAUGGGAAUCCGACAAUUAGUUGGAAAUUUGACUAA